AUGUCAAACAACGGAGUGACCGAGAUUUUGAUGAGGAAAGUUGACGAGUAUGUCGACUCCCUGGCGCCUGAGAUCCAACCCCGCAUCGCGUCCGAGCUCGAGACAUUCCAGCAAAAGACCAUUGACAGCCUGGAGGACCACGUCGUCGACGCUUUCCGCGCCCUGUUCAACAGGGACUCCUCCGACCGUGGCCGGGAUGGUUUGACCAACUCACCCCCGGAUGCCUACGGCCUGGGUUCCCUGCCCUUUGCCGACGAAGUGGCCCAAUUCACGCGUGGCUUCAACCAGAUUGCCAAUGAAGCGCAGGAUGAUGUGCGAGAUAUCUUCAACAUCACCCAGGAGGGAGAAACCCGGUCUCGUGGGGCUGAGGACUCGAGCGACGGGUUCUCUGGGGCCAAGGGGUUCCUGACCGCCGCUAUUGGCGUUGUCCAGGAUCACCUCGACAAGGAUUCAGGGGGCCGGCCGAAGUUCGAACUCGACGGCCUUCUCGGCGUCAUGAGCAACACCGUCAAGGAGGCCACUCGCAACCCGGAGGAGAAGGCUCGCGCCAUCGCUCCUGAGAUCAAGGAGCACGUCGGUGCCAAGCUGAGAGAGCAGCACGCCCCCAUCGCCGAGAAGUUCACUCGCAUUGCCCUGGACCACAUUAAGAAGUGGCUGCGGGGCAACUCCAGCACCCGGGAUCUCGGCGACGGUGCCAAAGCCGAGAUCAAGGACCAGGUGAAUGAUCUGGUGAAGGGCCUAGGAGGCCUCUUCAAGAAGCACUCCGACGAGGGCGCCUCGAGAGGUCUCGGUGACGACCGCGACCGCGAGGAUGGAAGUAGCGGCGGGGGCUUCUCAAAGGUUAUAAGUGAUAAGCUGACGACCGGCCUCGCCAAAGUCCAUCGGGAAGUCCGUCUCGAGUUCCGUACCAUCCUCGGUGAGAUUGAGAAGCAGCUGUUCGAGCUUCUGCCUGAUCAGUUCCAGAGGCCUUUGGAGAAGAUCCUCGGCGGCAAUCCCUUCGACUCGCAGCUGGAUCGUGACGCGGGGUCAACAGGCGAUCGAGGAUUCGGGGAUGACCUCAAGGCUACGCUCGUCGGCAAGAUCCGCAACCUGGUCCGCAAGCUUCAGGAAACCCUGCGCGAGAGCAUCUUGGGUGUCGUCAACGGUGGUCACCGCAAGUUUGAGCGCGAAAGCUGGCUCUUUGUGCACAGCCAGGUCGAGCAGAAGGUGCAGCAAUACCUGCCAAAGGUGAAGAUAUCGGUCCCCGAUGAUAUUGGCAACGAGGGUGUCAGCGUGGGCACGCCGGCUCAGAACCUUGGAGGAGGGCAUCAGGCUGUUCCUGCUCCGCAAUACCAACAAUACCAACAACCUCAGAACUAUUAA